AUGUCUGACAAGAAGCCAGCGAAAGUGGGUUACUGGUACUUCGGUGGUGUAGCUAGUGCUAUGGCUGCAGCCGUAACCCACCCGUUGGAUUUAAUCAAAGUUCAUUUGCAAACCCAGCAGAAAAAGGAGUUUGGGAUGAUAACGAUGGGUAUCCGUGUAUUUAAAAACGACGGAUUCUUCGCUUUGUACAACGGUCUGAGUGCUUCAAUUCUGCGUCAGCUUACCUAUUCGAUGACGCGUUUUGGAAUCUACGAAACAUACAAAAAUAAAUUGGGGAGAAAAAUGACUUUCCUGGAGAGCGCCGGUGUCGCAAUGUUUUCCGGUUUCGCUGGCGGCGUCGUUGGAAAUCCUGCUGAUAUGGUCAACGUCCGAAUGCAGAACGACAUGAAAAUCCCACCAGCGCAAAGGAGAAACUACAAACAUGCGAUCGAUGGCUUGAUUCAAGUCUGCCGCAAAGAGGGUGUCAGUUCUCUCUUCAACGGUGUUUCUAUGACAGCCACUCGAGCUACGUUCAUGACAUUCGGGCAACUGGCAUUUUACGACACUUUCAAACAAAUGCUGCUUGCCACCGGUUACUUCCACGACAACCCGAUCACACACUUCACUGCCAGCAUUGGCGCCGCUGGCAUUGCUACCUGCAUGACACAACCCUUCGAUGUUAUGAAGACGCGCCUCAUGAAUGCCCCUCCAGGCAAAUACUCGGGCAUCGCCGCAUGCGGUAUUGAUGUGAUGCGAACUGGCCCCCUCGGCUUCUUCAAGGGCCUCGUCCCAGCUUUCAUCCGACUUGGACCGCACACCGUCCUCACAUUCAUCUUCCUGGAACAGCUGAAGCAGAAUUUCGGCUACAUUCCGACGCAGCCUGCCGCAGCCAAACCAAAGGCCUAA